AACAUCUGAAACAAAUUGAUUUUUAUGUCAUUUUCCGAGACGCUGUCACGGCGCAACAUUUGAACUAUUCACAUCGAUAAAACACAGAAUUGGACAAAAAAUGAAACUUACGUGUCCGUAACGAGCUUAUCGAGGCGAAUUUACAACAUCUUGUUUAAUCCGCCACUUUUCGUGUACAAGAAAUAUUUUGGAACCACUUUUUUAGGAAUCAAACCAGUCCAGAAAAAAAUCAGCCAAGAUGUCGAUCGACCUCGACAAGCCGCGCUACGACCAAAGCACCUACAUGGGCCGCGCGAUCCACUUCCUGCAGCUCACCAACCCUAUGAAUGCGCUCGCCUCCGACAAGGAGCUCGACGAGGCCAAGAGAGUCGUCACCGAGUUCAGGAAAACUCGCCGCAUGCCACCAGGGUACGACGAGGAGAAGCUGUGGAAGACAAAGUACCUGUACGACAGCGCGUUCCACCCGGAUACGGGAGAGAAGAUGCUGCUCAUCGGCCGCAUGGCGUCACAGGCUCCCAUGAACACUAUCAUCACAGGAGGAAUGAUCACGUUCUACAAGACGACAGCCGCGACCGUGUUCUGGCAGUGGGUGAAUCAGACGUUCAACGCCGUGGUCAACUACACCAACCGGUCUGGUGACACGCCCAUGUCUUCAUCACAACUGUUUGCAUCCUACUGCGCUGCUUGCGGUGGCGCGUUGGGAACGGCUCUGUACCUCAACAGCAAAGUUAAGAAAAUGAAGAAUCCCAUGUACGCGCGGUUUGUGCCAUUCGCAGCCGUGUGCGGCGCCAACUUUAUCAACAUCCCCAUGAUGAGGAGCAGCGAGAUCCUGAACGGCACACCAGUUUUUACCGCGGACGGGCAGCGCGUGGGAGAGAGCAAGACAGCAGCUAUGCGUGGCAUCUCGCUCGUGUGCAUCUCGCGAGUCAUCAUGGCGCUGCCCGGCAUGACUUUGACGCCACUUAUAACCGCAUACGCGACGCGCCGCGGCCUAUUCUGCCACUACCCGAUGGCCGUCAUCCCGUUCCAGCUGUUCCUGGUGGGACUCUGCGUGACAUUUGCCACGCCACUAUGCUGCGCUAUAUUCCCGCAGCGAGCCGCCAUCGAUGUAGAGAGCUUGGAGCCUGAGUUGAAGGUCAAUAUGUUUUAA